AUGGACCUUGUGAAGAAGUGUAAGAGGGUAUUGGGAAGAAGCAAGAGAUUGCACCCUGAAAACAAUGGUAGUGGAAGCUAUGGAAAAUUGACCAACAAGAAGAAGAAGAAGACUCCACAUGGUUGCCUUUGUGUGUACGUUGGACCUGAGAGGCAAAGAUUUGUAAUCAAGAUAAAGAUCGCGAACCACCCUUUGUUCAAGACGCUUUUGGAUGCUGCUGAGAGAGAAUAUGGUUACAGAAACGACGGUCCCUUAUGGCUCCCCUGCGACGUUGACUUGUUCUGUGAGGCAUUGAGGGAGAUGGAGACUGGCCAAGAGGAUAUGGGUUGCACCUUUCCUAUGGGUCAGAGCCACAGGCAUAGCCCCACUUCAGUUCUAUACAGUCCAUUGUCUUAUUCUUCUAACCCGAGCUGUGAUGUUGAUUACGAGCUUUUCGGAUGGUAA